AGUUUUCAGAAAAGAUGGUUUGGAGAAAUGCCGCAAUCGUUGUUCUAGUCCUGUAUGUCGGAUAUGCUGUUGCAGAAGAUACUUUGGGUUCUAGACAUGAAAACAAAGUUGAGGAGACCAAUCUUUCAGAUGAACAGGGUACGGGGAAGUUGAUCUUCACAGGUCCAGGAUACACCAUCAAUCUUGUACCUCAAGCUAUUCUUCUUGGGAUCCUAUCUUUCUUGGCUGUCUUUGCCUUUGGUCUCCUGGGAACCGGAGGUGGUGAAACCAGCUCCUAUGGAUCAGGUUCCGGUUAUGGAGCCCCCGAGGCCAGCUACGGAGCUCCCUCUCCUUCCUAUGGAGCCCCUGCCCAAUCCUAUGGAGCCCCUGCCGCUUCUUAUGACGCCCCUUCUUCUGGCUAUAACGCUGCUAGAUAUUAUGACACCUACUCCGCAGCUGCCACCGACCCCUUGAACCAGUACGAAGACACCAGGAGAAAACGAAGCGCUUUCUAGACCAUCAGUUUUUAAUUCCAUACAUUCAUUUUUUGUAAGGCCUUUUUGGGCCAGCACGCCAUUGAUUUUUACAUAACUAGACGCGACAAAACACAUCAAAAUGCGACCGUACUAUCAAAAUGACCUGUAGCAAGGGUGGUAAUACCCUUGACACACACUUAUAUACGAACUUUAAUCUAGUCAUUAUUAUUACAUUAUGAAGAGAUGUAUUAUGUAACUGUAACUGGACUUUAUGUUGGAGAACUACUUGCUUUAACUGGAAACCCAUGUUGUACACUGUACACUACCGCUGUACGUUGUACAAUCAUAAAAGGACAACGAGCUUUCGUUCAAAACUUUGACCAAUGGACUUCAUUGUAAAAAAUGAACUGUAACUGUAAACAAAAAAACUGUUGAUAUGAAUGUUUAAAGACACUAAAGACAUGCUCCAAAGUAAACGGAUGCUUAUUGUAGACAUUAUAUGUCAUUUUUCGACUUUAUUAUACAUGUUUUUUGUUUAUUUCAACAUAAAAGGAUUGCUAUGAUUAACAAUUAUGGUUGUAAAAAAAGGAUUAAUUAACGAGGCCGCUUGGAUUUAGUUUUUUAAGGGUUACCCUCUAAAACGGGUAUAUAUAUAAUUAAGGGGUUUAAAGUCUAUGUGGGCUUUUAACAUUGUUUUUAUUAUUGUUAUUAUUUCGCUGUUAUCACAUCAGUCUUAGUUUAUUAUUCAAUAUACAUUAAUCAACUGUUAAAAAAA